AUGGCAGCUGAGGCAGCUGUAGAGGCGACUCGCAGCGAUAAGCGCAGGUUGUCGCAUCCGGUGGUGACCGAGCCGAAGGAGUGGGCCGGCGAAGAGGACUCAGAAGAUGAGAAGCCCAUUGAGAGGCAUGCCUCCCGGUCCUUUGAAGCAAGGGAGAAGCGGCUGACCGUCGCAGCGGUGAACCUUCAGGAUUUGUCAGAAGGCGACAAGAUCGUAGGCGACCAUGAGGUUGCGGUAGUGCAGCAGCAGAAGGAGUGGAAGGACGGCGAGGAAUCCGAGGAGGAGACCCACUCGCCUGACAGGGUUGCGAAGCGUGCCUCGGAGUCCUUCCAGAAGAGGGAGAGUCGUUUGGCUCAGGGUGCCGUCAUCCGCAGCAGCUUCUGCGAGAGCGAGGCCAGCCGCGUGGUCUCCUUCGAGCAGGCGUCUGUUCGGCAGGCGGCGCCCGCGGGAUCCUCCGGUGACCGGUGUAGUGAUCGAUGUAGCAACAUGUGCGUAGUUUCCUGA